AUGUCGGCGCUCGCCCCCGUCACCACCGCUCUACGCAAGCAGGCCACCAGACCUCUCUACAGAUACUCGGGUGUCAGAUGGCACGAUAGCGUGCGAUAUCUCACCGGCACCACCACCGCUGGACCCUCUGUCCCCUCCAGUCCUGCUAUCCCAGCUCCCACACGCACAGCUCUCUCCCGCCUGCCAUGGCUUACACUCGUCCGUUCUGCCGCCCUCACCACCAUGAUGUGCUCGCCCACCAUCCUCAAGCCCUCCAUUGCCGCCCUCGGUCUCAUCACACACCCCAAGAUCAACCUCUUCAACCCUGAAGCCAACCCUCUCCUCAACACACUGGUCCGCCACGCCGUCUACGACCAGUUCUGCGCCGGCACCAACAAAGUUGAAGUGGCCCAGUCGAUCCGCGACUUCAAGUCGCUCGGCUACCAAGGCGUCAUCCUCACCUUUGCCAAGGAGAUUGUCCUGUCCGAGGAGGAGCGCGCCGAAGCCGCCAAGAACCCGGGCCAGUACACCCAGGCGCACCACGACAUGGUCGCCUCAUGGCGGGACAACUCUCUCGCCUCCCUUCGCAUGCUCCAGCCCGGCGACGUGCUCGCCAUGAAAAUCACCGGUGCCGGCCCCAUCGCCAUGGACGCCCUGCAGGCCCGCGCGCCCAUGCCCCGGGUCAUUGACGACGCGCUCACCGAGCUGUGCGCCGCGGCCAGGAAGCAGGGGUCCCGCCUCUGGUUCGACGCCGAGCAGCAGUCGGUGCAGCACGGCAUCGACGACUGGGCGAUUGAGCUGAUGCGCCGCUGGAACGGCGACGGCCAGGCCCUCGUCUACAACACCAUCCAGGCGUACCUCAAGGGCGCGCGCGACGUCGCGGACCGCCACAUUUCCGCCGCCGCCGCCGAGGGCUGGAAGCUCGGCAUUAAGCUCGUCCGCGGCGCUUAUAUUGAGCACGAGGAGCGCUCCCUGAUCCACGACACCAAGGCGGACACGGACGCCUCGUACAACGACAUUGCCGACAAGCUCAUCAGCCAGCGCCUGCCCGCGUCGCUGGCUGCCGACCAGGCCUUGUCCUUCCCCAAGGCCAGUCUCAUGCUCGCCACGCACAACGCCGAUAGCGCGGCGCUGGCCACGGAGACGCACCGCGUCCGCAUCCGCAACGGCCAGAACACUUGCAAGCUCGAGUGCGCGCAGGUCGCUGGCAUGGCCGACGAGCUCGGCUGCGAGCUCAUCAUGAACUAUGAAAACACGCUCGCCGACCAGACCGCCGCCAACAUCAUGGCCCCCAAGCCAUACAAGUGCCUCACCUGGGGCUCCGUCGGCGAGUGCAUGGGCUACCUCCAUCGCCGCGCCAUUGAGAACCGCGGCGCUGUCGAGCGCACCAAGCACAUGGCCGCCGCGCUCCGCAAGGAACUGUGGCACAGGCUGUCUUUCAACUAA